AUGAGUCCGAAAAAUCCACCUCCAAUACCAAACCCACAGCAGAUUGAAUUAGGGCUACUUGCCCAGAACGGUUACACUUUUGCAAUACCUCAAGAUCGCAAAAUGCCAUUACACCCCGAAGAGUAUAAUCCGAAGAAAAACCCAAACUUUCGUACUUCUGCUGCAGCCCCGAAAUUACUCCAGCUCCAAGACAACACAAAGAAUACCAGGGCUUCAGCGUGCAGGAUCAUCGAAGAUCAAGGUCAAAAAGCAACAAAAGGGGCAAAGACAGUAAGAGAACAGCUGAGACGCAAGGCCUUCAAAGAAAAAAGAACCUAUGAGAAAUUCGAAGAAGAAUCCUUGAAAGAUGCAGAAUACUUUGAAGUUUGUGAAGAAGAUUACUUUAUAGUUGACCUAGUGAAAACGGAAAUAGUGGUAGCUCAAGAAGCUAGGCUGAGAUUUAAAAUCUCGAGUUAUUUAAUACUUGCAGGAUAUUGGGUUGAUGGCAAGAGAAAUAGUUGGGUUUUAACGUCCGCUGUAAUGAUGUUUACAACUAGAGCUGCACUUGCAUUUGCUGUUUCAUUUUCUUAUGUACAGAAAAGAAAGUUAAACACCAUCGAAAACCACUGA